ACCAACAAGUUUGUGUGCCCAAUUAUAGCGUCAUUGCAGUGGGUUCGGCUCACGGACGUUACUUGGUGGUAUUUAGCGGUUUUUUCUGGGCGUUAAUGUUCAGUGGAGCAUUUACUUCGGACUUGGUGUUGAUUAGUUUAGCGACUGGGUGCAAAAGUUUGGGUAGUUUGCAAUUGGGUGUUGAGUUUUUGUGCUGGAACGCAGGAAAGGAGUUUUGAGUGGGAAAAGAGUGGAGCGAGAGCUGUAGCUACUAACGUGGGUCGGUGAUCAGAGAGCGUAAUUCAGUGAGAAAGAGGCUGAGAAAGGGGAGCCUCCAGAGUUUAGGUGGAACACAACCAUGGUGGUUGCGAAUUUGGACCAGGCUGUAACCCAGCCCCAACUUCCUGCGGAGACUGAGCUCAUCAUCGAAAAAAAGGGAGUUGGGAGGUUUGCAACAAUGAACCGCCCACGAGUUCUGAACUGUAUCAACCUGCCCAUGUUGGAAGAAAUUGCAGAAGCAUACGAGCAGUGGGAAGAAGAUGACAGCGUAGGAUUUAUUGUGCUGAAGGGGGCAGGCCGAGUAUUCUGCGCAGGCGGUGACCUCAAAACAUUCUAUGGGCUGGGAAAGUCAGAUGAAUCUUGGACAGCGAUGGUAUAUAUCAAGUAUUGGCUAGACUAUCACAUCGCUACAUUCAAGAAGCCCCUUGUGGCUAUCUGGCACGGCCUCGUAAUGGGAGGAGGAGCAGGGCUGUCCGUCACAGGAACCUUCAGAGUUGCCACCGAGAAAACUAUCUUUGCAAUGCCGGAAGCAGGAAUAGGACUUCACACAGAUUGUGGCGCUUCGUACUGGCUUUCACGUCUGAGCGGCUUCCUUGGAGAUUACUUGGGGUUGACAGGACACAGACUGGAUGGAGCGGAAAUGUAUGCUUGCGGCCUUGCAACCCACUUUGUUCCUCUCCAGAGUCUUUCAGAGCUUGAAAAGCGUCUGUCGGAGUUGUCGAUUGGUGAUGAUGCUUCCGUCGGAGAAGUCAUCGAGUCCUUCCACAAUCCAGCCCCCAUUUCACCAACAAGUAUUCUGCACAAGCAAGCAGCGAUAAACCGACUAUUUUCAAAGGGCACUGUUGAGGAGAUAGUUGAAGCUCUGGAGGCCGAGCUUGAAGAGACGCAAGAGACUUGGGUCAAGGAAACCCUCAAGACCUUGCGGAGGUCAUCUCCGAUGGGCUUAGCAGUAACAUUCAAAUCGAUCCGGACCGGUAGAAACGAGUCUCAGGCGGACACUCUAAAGCGGGAGUACCGGCUAACAAUAAAUGCCUUGAAAGGCACCGCGACGGACGAUUUCUACGAGGGUAUAAGAUCUAUCGUGGUGGACAAGGACAAUGCUCCGAAGUGGAAUCCAAAAAGUAUUCAAGAAGUGACACAAGAACAACUCGAAUCAGUUUUCAUGCCAUUCAAAGAUGCAUCGAAAGAAUUACAACUCCCAUCUGAGCAUGAGCCCAGAUGGAGUAAAAAAUUUGUGAAGGUCUGACUGCAUUCGCCUCAACAGCGAACAUAUUAAUUGGCUUGAGUCCACACCAAGUCCCAAAUCAUCAACUGGGUGAACCUACUCGAAUUUAUACUUGCUCAUAGUCCAGCCUCAUUCAUACAUUAUGAGCGGAAUACAGCUAGAGUUAAAUGACUCGGUGAGUAACAAACACGAGCUCUCAGAAUGUCCGUGCCUGGCGAGCUUCCUUGCAUGUCCUUCUAGGUGAGUGGCCUUCGGAUCACAGAAGAGACAAGCCCUUGAAUCCCCUUUUGUAUAUACUGCAACCAGGAGAUACACAUUGCAGACUGAUGUCAUGAGACCAUCAGUUUUUUUUAAGAAAAAAAAAAAAAAAAAAAAAAAAGUUCUUUCGCUCCAUCUAUCCAGUUUCCAAUUUCUCAAAGUGUGGCGGCUUACGAAGCACGUCACCAUGACCGAGAGGCAAGGCGAGAUGAGACUGGGCGUAGGUGACCUAAAUGGAUCAGUUUUAGGGCAUGGAACCCACGCUUUGUGGAAGGGGGACCAACGAAUGACCGUAAUUUGAUGAACGUCGUCCGUGUAUUUCAUUCAGUGGAAUCUGCAUUCAAAAACUCUCUUCCGCCCCUCCCUCCCCCAGCAAAAACUGAAAAACUUGCAUUCAUUCUUCUGUAUCAAAUAAAUAUCAAAUAAAUAAAAAUAACCCAUUUUCACGGAUCA